CGUUAAAAAGUGUCGGUUUUUAAUCUGUCAUCGCUCGUCAUUUGUUACAUCCGGGACCCGCUGUUCCGACGCAUGCGCAGAACCCGUGUUUCCUCAACCUCAACUUUGCCACCAACUUCAGUCCUUAUUUUAGUUGUGAUCCACUAUCGGAUAUAGGAUCAACUUUAAAAAAUGUCGGUGCUAAACUUAAGUGAGGAUAUGGUGGAGUGCCCACUGUGUAUGGAGCCGUUGGAGAUGGAUGACCUAAACUUCUUCCCGUGUACGUGCGGGUACCAAAUAUGUCGGUUCUGUUGGCAUCGGAUCCGGACAGAUGAGAAUGGUCUCUGUCCUGCCUGUCGGAAGGCCUACCCUGAAAACCCUGCAGACUUCAAGCCCUUAUCGCAUGAAGAGCUGCAGCGAAUAAGGCAGGAGAAGCGUCAAAAGGAUGCGCAACGUAAGCAAAAGGUGACGGAGAACCGAAAACACCUCGCCAAUGUCCGUGUGGUGCAGAAGAACCUCGUGUUUGUGGUUGGUCUCUCUACGCGGCUAGCAGAUGCGGAGACGUUAAAGAAACCAGAUUACUUUGGGAAAUUUGGAAAAAUUCAUAAAGUUGUUAUAAACCACAGCACUAGUUAUGCCGGGUCUCAGGGUCCAAGUGCAUCAGCAUACGUCACCUAUCAGCGUGCAGAGGAUGCACUUAGAGCUAUCCAAGCUGUAAAUAACAUCCACGUGGAUGGGCGGACGUUGAAGGCCUCCCUUGGUACCACCAAGUACUGCUCCCACUUCAUGAAGAACCAGCAGUGCCCUAAACCAGACUGCAUGUAUCUUCAUGAAUUAGGAGAUGAAUCGGCAAGCUUUACGAAGGAGGAGAUGCAGCAGGGUAAACAUCAAGAGUUUGAAAAGAAGCUUCAAGACCAUUACUUAGGGAUAUCUUCGUCUGAAAAAAAUAGUAGCAGCAACCCAAUACCUACACCACAACCAGCCACCUCAGGAAAUACCACUUCAAGUUCUAGUAAGCGUUCAGCAUUGGGUGGGGGUAAGGAGAAUACGGCCCCAAAGGAACAGCCAGCGGCAGCCCUCACCCCAGAUCCCGACUCAGGCGAGGCAUGGCCUUCUCUCCACGCAAUAGCCACCAAGAAAGUAAAAAAUCCAAAGGCAGUAAAGGUGAUAGAAGUAAUGGCUCAACAAAACCACCGAUACAGAGGAAAUAAGGAAAGAGAAAGAGAAAGAUCUAAUAAUGCAAGAAGCAGCAAUGGCAGCAGUGCCAGCAGUAGCUGUAGCACUGUCAGCAACAGUAGCAGUAGCAGCAAUAGCAGCACAAGUGGCAGUAGUAGCAGCUCAAGUAAUGGUCUGGGAGUUGAUAUGGUGAACCACAGUCCAGAUUGGGCCAGUAAAUCAGAAGUAUUCAAUAUGGACACUGUAUUUUCCUCCCAGAAUCGCUCAAGUAACACUUGGAACUGUAUAUUUGAUUUUGAAAAGGGUGAAGAUAUUCCAGGGAUCAGUAAUUUAGUUGACGAUGAACUUGGUUUUGAUCCUUUUGAAGAAACCAACAAAGCACUAGCAGAAGAUAUAAAAAUAGAACAAAAGCAGCAACAACUACAGCGGCACCAGCAGCAACUCCAACAGAACCAACACAACCAACACCAAAGUCAGCAUCAGCAUCCUCACCUUCAACGGCAACAGCAGCAGCAACAACAACAGCAGCAGCAGCAACAACAAUUAAGACAAGGGUUAAAAUCAAUGCUGGACUACUCGACUCCCAGCGGACAGUCUCGUGCCAGAUUACCACCUCCAGGUUUCAACGGCCUCAACAGCUUCAACUCCUUUGGAAUGCCUAGACAGAGUCAGCCCGAGCCCAGUAAACUCUUACCGCCGUUCCUCAGUGGUCUAACAGGCAAUCCUAGCUUAGGGACACAAGGACUGGGGUCCCAGCCUGGGGUGCCGCCUCUGAAUGGCAUGGUGAACUCCAAUGGCCUGGGCAUACCCCCGGGCCUGGGCGGAAACAUCCUUGGCGGGGGCAACAUGAGUGGGCUCGGGAAUGGGGGUCUCUUGGGAGGCCUUGGUAAUGGCCUACCUCCACACCUCCUACCGCCUGCAUCCCUUCUAGGUAUGGACACACCUCUCAGUGCCUCACAAGGUCCUCCAGGUAUAGGAAUGCCCAAAGGAGAUGCAUUCCUCCUUAAAGAUCUUGAGAAUGGUCUUCGCAAUAUAUUCCCAGCCAUAAGUUCCGUUAGCACUAUGAACACACUUAAUACUGUCAACACACUCAAUACUCUCUCUGGAGCAGCCAACAACCCAACCUCACAAAAUAAUCCUCUUACAAGCUUCUUAAACAUGGCUCACCACCACCAACAGCAGCACCAACACCAGCAGCACCAACACCAGCAGCAGCAACAGCAUCUUUCUCAGCAUUCUCUUCUGCAUCAGCUGACAAUGAGCUCUCUGGCAAAUUCCCACAAAGCAUGGAGCAACAGUGGUGCUCCUGACCUCACAGUACUUGACCCAGCUAUUGUAUCAUCAGGACAGCUGACAGAUUCCCGUUCAGAUUCUCCUCCACAUUGGAUGAAGACCAUGGAACAACUCACAGAAGGAGGCCCCCAUCCUCUCUGGAACAACUUGCUGCCCUGCAACCUGUCGUCCGGUGGUCUGCCAUCCGGGUUGGGUCCUCACACAGGCCCAGCGGGUACCGCGGCUCCCACACAGCGCUCCGUAGCACCCAUUUGGCCCCCAACCUCCCCACCACCAGGUUUCAACAAUAUCUCUCCUCUACACCACCCCAAGCAGCAUGAACCACACAAAAUUGACAAUCUCUAAUAGCGGUAAAUGGAGACGUUUAUAUCCUGUAUGAGUGAAGAUGAAUAUAGAAGAGUUUAUUAUAUUGAGCUCCAGCCCCUUGUCAACCUGUUCUAAACCAUUUAUGCGAAGAGCCUACAAGUCAUAUAGCCACUUGUUGAUGCAUUGUUUAGAGAGAAAACGGUAGACGGGAAGUGGAUUAUUUUUCUAAUUUGACCAAGUAAGCAGUGAAUCCUCAAAUGAAAUUUCAUCAUAUUUUUUAGAUGUUUCUAUUGGAUUUAAUAAAGUGAGAAGAAGAGUCCCUUUUUUUUAACAACUUUGUAUAAAUAUUAAAAGCUUUACACCAAACUUUCCCUUUGCUGUUUUUGGCAGCCUAUUUAACUUGCAUGCAUUGAGAAUCCUAUUUUUUAUUACUCUUUAAGUUACGAGAUAGUACUGCACUUUUGACGGUCUUUACUACCUUUCCAACAUUUAGCUGAUGUUUCUUGAAGAGUAGUCAGGCAUUUUUCAAUUUAUUUAGUGUUUAACUUGACCCUGGUAUAAAAAUAAAAAUUGUCCGCUCAGUCGCCGGGAGCCAGAUCUUUUUGUCAUAUUACAGAGGUCAACUUUCCGCUCACGACAACUAAACGGUUUUUAAAAAGACAAUGCCCUAGCACGUGACAAGUUUUUAAAGACUAUACAGGUGUGAAGGUAAUGGGGAUCAUAUAAAGGUACUUUUAGAGUGCUGGAUACUAAGGGAGUGUUGCCUUUUUUCUCUUUUGUUUUGCCAAGACUGAAACAGGAUUUUUAUUUCAGAGCACCAAGUUCGAUCGAGUUUGUUGAUAUACUGAAGUGUACUUUUUAACUUUUUACUUGACUACUAUUGUGUGUAGGAAAACUUAAAGAUUACUUGUUUUUUGUAAACUUUUUUUUUUUUUUUUUUUUUUUUUUUUUUUUUUUUUUUUUUUUUUUUUUUUUGUCUCCUUAUUUUUUAUCUUUUCAUCGGUUGACAGGCUAUGUAUACUUGUUGUGUAGUUUAUAUGUCUCACCUGCACCCUAAAUAUACCGGUUGGAAAUGGAGAAUUUUGAAGGAGGACUUGAAGGUGCAAGAUGUUUGUAUUAGAUUUCUUUAUCAUAUGAUAUAUCUAUAUAUAUCUAUCUAUCUAUAUAUAUAUAUAUAUAUUUAUAUAAUAUAUAUAAAUAUUCACCCUUAGUACCCAGCAAUCAUUUCCGUGUGGUAACUCUUGUGCAUAUGAGAAUGAUAUUAUUCAUGUCUGUGCUACUUAUCAAUACUGUAUACCUACUUCACAAGGCCCUUUCCCCCUUCCCACUCCCCACUCCCCACUCCCCACUCCCCACUCCCCACUCCCCGCUCCCACAAGACUAAUAGGACCUACCUUCCAGUGAUUCCAUAAACGCUGCAGACUGUUAUCCCAACCCUCCUCUGGACGAUAUAUAUUUAUUUUUCUUUUGUUCAUGUAUGAGGAUAUGGAAGUGCUGCUCUCCCAUAGAAAGUAGUAAUUCUCCACUGCUAUGGAAAGGAAAAUUGUACCAUUUCUUUGUACCAUUUACUGCUGUUUGAAUCUUCAAAAGUGUGAUGAAAUGGGAGGGCUGGGGACUAUUUUAUAUCGCGUGCAGAAGAGAUGGCUGUCUUUAGACGCAGGCUGUCAAGAGUAGAAGUGAAUGCUGCUGGCGAGGAACAAACGUCAAGAGCUGGUCAAGAAGUUUGGUUCAUCUGGAGUGCAGACAUCGCAUCUACUGACUUGUACUAAUAUGACAUCUAUCAUAUAAUGUGGAUGCUAUGGUAUAUUCUAGGACAACCUUCAACCAAACAUUCUAAUCAGAAAAUAAAAUUCAAAACAUUUCA